AUGGAUAACGACACUGCGACACUGCUGCCCGGCGUAUGCGCGCUCUUAGCGGACUCCGGGAAGCCUCUGCCUGAUGACACCAGCCUGGAGAAACUACUAGACCGGCUCACUGAAGUCUCCGAAGCUGGUGUAUCGCUUCCGGAGAAUUUCCCGUGUCUGCUUGACCUCAUAUCUACCAUGGCCUCCAACACUACUUCUGAUCCCAGUAUCCUUUCCUUCGCUCUCAAACUCUGCGGCCUGAUGGCAGCCACCGAAGACGGCUUCAUGGCCUUGCAGGAAUGCUUCGCUCUGGAGGCUUUCUUUAGCGUUCAGCGCUGGAAGGACACUGAACUCUGGGAAGAUCCCUGCAUCCGAAUUGGCUGGAUUCAUGGCCUCAGUAAAAUGCUGCUGCACCCAAGGGCGCUCAGUUUCUUCGUGCAGUCAGGCUUCACCAACCCACUCCUGCAGCUCCAAUUAGAUCCAAGCAUGUUUGUUUCUUCUGCCGCUAACCAACUACUGGCCCACAUCCUGCUCUCCAUUCAGCCAGAAGAAGUGCAUGCAAAUACCAAAAUCAGUGCAGAAUACAGCGCUGUUGUCCUGCAAUUGUCUAACCACAUAAAGGAGGCACUGGUACCCAAAGAAGGUGUGCUGGUAACUGGUAGCCUGCAGGUCCUCAAGCUGCUGGCCCUGAUCUUGGACCAGGCACACCAUUCUCUGCGGGACCAGCUGCUCAAUGCAGUCGCUGCCUCCCUGGAGGAGCUGAUUGAGGCGGGAUACAGUCAGCUCACCCUGCCUCUUAUGGAUGUCAUUAUGGCCAGAUACAGCCCUGACAGUCACGAUGUCACCAGCCAUCUUCUGUCCUCCAUGUUUAAAAACAACAAUCUCAUCGACCUCGUCCAUGCUGCGGAUGCGUUUCUCCACCGAGGUCAUUUACGUGACUCUGUUCACACAAGCCAGGCAGUGAGAAUCCUUCUGCUGCCCCUCCACUGCGUCACUGAGCAUCCCUUGUUAGAAACAGGUAUGAAUUUCACAUCAAAUUCAAAUGACAAAUGUUUUUUUUUUUUUUUUUCACAAAUAUUUGCACCUACAGCAGCAGACAACCAUCAUGCAAUGAUGGCAGCGCAGCUAAAGAAUAAAAGCAAAUUCAUCUCCAUGAUUUGUGUUUGUCUAAGAAACACCCCGCAGCUGGCAUUUAUGCCUCCUGAUGUCCUUCCGUGCUCCCCGACGAUGAUUGUCCUCUCGGUUGUUACACUGCUAAGAAUGUUCAGUGGUGAUACUUCCUCUACCUCCUCCUCAUCCUUGUUCAAUGGCUACAAGAAUGAGAAAGUCCAGUGCAUCAUCAGCAGUAGAAAAGUUCAGAAAUGUGCUUUGGAGAUGUUGGUUUCCCUUAGCGCCAGUCCAGGUGUGACCAACACAGUUAAAGAGAUCUCUGAAGUCCUGAUACAUAAUAUUAAUAACCCCAUUUCAGAUCCAACUGUACUGCAAAAGUCCUACAAGGCCUUAAUACAGUGGUUGAGUGUUUGUAAAGACCACUCAUCCAUUCCACAGCUACUCAGAGAAGAACUCCUAAUGUCAGUGAAGAAGCGUGCCUGCGAUCCACGCUGGGAGGUGAGAGACUCCACCAUAGAGUUUUUAGGGCAGCUACCCUGCAUCACGUCAAAGAAAUCAGCUGAUGAGGCUUUGCUGAGCGAGUGCUGUACCGCCCCACUGCUUUGGGAGGCGCUGCAGGAUCCGGAGAGCUACGUGAGAGCCAGUGCCAUCUUAGCUUUGGCGCAUAUAGGCACGUCCAGUUGGCAGCAAGGAACAGAAAUGCCUCUAGAGCAGGCUGACACGGUGAGCCGCCUAUUGGACAUUCUACGCGAGGAUACAGAGGGUUUUGCCAGGCGGGCUGUUGUCCGCUACUUUAUUGCCUUGUUCGCCACUUACUCCUCCACUCCUUUGUCAACCCCCUCAAUUCUCAUUGAUUCCAUUGGCGUUGUCCUUUCCCGAGGCAGCUUGGAUCUGGACUGGGAGGUAAAGGUGCACACGUUGGAGUUGGUGGAGCUUCUGCUGGAUUCCACCUUUUUGGAACACAGGAGGCAUUGUGCUUAUGGACAUAUGCAUGGCGGGGAUGCCACUUUAGACUCGCCUUUGAGUUCUUUAGUGAAUCAGGGCGUAUUUUCCGUGUUGCUGAGAAGUCUGCUUGAUUGCGACCGACCCGUUGCACUGAAAGCUUGUGAACUCCUCAUAACAAUUAGAGACAAAAUCUGCUCAGCAGGUGUCUUGACCGGUGUGUGCUGCGAACUGCCAGAACAGGAAUGGGGAAAGGAGAUCAGGACGCUUCUGAAGAAUGAAGGGAAUGAAGGAAAUGAAGGGGGACUCGUAGGGGUGUACGAAGUGUUGGCGUCACUGGGAUUAGAUGAACGUCGAGUUCUUCUGAGCCAGAGCAGCGAUCACGUUCACAACUCCUUCCAGUCUCUUCUGCAGGACAUCCUCAGUACAGGGGCGACUCUCGGGUGCAAGGAACAGCAAGAUGAUCAGGAAGUGAUUGUCGACUGUUACUGA